AUGGCUGCCCCCCUGAACUUCAUCUACAACGUCGCCCCCAGCAGAGUGGUCUUUGGCCAGGGGAAGAUCCAGACGCUCCCCGACGAGCUGGCCCGGCAGGGAUUGAAAACUCCCCUCAUCCUGACGACGCCUCAGCAAAUCCAGCAUGGCGAGAAGGUCAAGGCCAUCCUGGGCGGCAUUGGCAAUCUCUUCACUGAAGCCACCAUGCACACCCCAACAAGCGUCACAGACACUGCCCUUGCCUUCACCAAAUCAGUCGACGCCGACUCAAUCAUCUCCAUUGGCGGCGGCAGCACCAUUGGGCUUGGCAAGGCCAUCAGCAUUCGCACUGGGCUCCCCCACAUCUGCAUCCCUACGACCUAUGCCGGCUCUGAGAUGACUCCAAUCUUGGGCGAGUCGGUGGACGGACUCAAGAAGACGCGCAGCGACCCCAAGAUCCUUCCGGGGACAGUGAUCUAUGAUGUCGAUUUGACCCUGAGCCUGCCACCCGGCAUGAGCGCCACGAGUGGGAUAAAUGCCAUUGCACAUUCCGUUGAGGCACAGUACGCGCAAAAUGCCAACCCCAUCAUCUCCCUGCUCGCCCUCGAGGGUGUCAAGGCCCUCGCCGGAGCUCUCCCCAUCAUCGUGGAGUCCCCAUCAGACGUAACUGCGCGCACUUCAGCUCAGUACGGAGCCUGGCUGUGCGGUUUAUGUCUCGGUUCAGUCGGCAUGUCAAUUCACCACAAGCUCUGCCAUACUCUUGGCGGGAGCUUUGGAUUGCCCCACGCAGAGACGCACACCAUCGUGCUCCCCCAUGCUCUUGCAUAUAAUGCACCGCGUAUCCCGGAAGUGAUGGAGAAGCUCGCCGAGGUGCUCCCGGAGAGCAAUGGCGAUGCGAUCCACGGGCUUAACGUGCUUCUUACGCGUCUCAAAGUGCAGCGGGGGUUGAAUCACUUUGGCUUCGAAGUGGAGGAUGUUGACAAGGCUGCUGACAUUGCUGUCAGCAACCCGUACUACAACCCACGCCCGAUCGAGCGGGAUCUGAUCCGGGAGCUGAUUAGGAGGACACAAGCUGGGGAAGAUGCUAGGGUAGAUCUGUAG